UACAUUGUUAAUAGUGUUCUUAUUAAUUUUAUAGUGAUAGUGAUGAUUUAGACAUCUUUUUGUUUAUUGUAAUAAUUGAAAAUGUUCUAUUGGAUUGAGGAGUGUGUAGUCAAAUAUCGUCGGAGAUAGUAGAUAGUGGACAGAAGUGAAUAAUGCGGCCAUCUCUCUGGCCGUGAGUCACGAUGGUUGGUAAAUGAUGCCGCGACGCAAGCGCCGUCUAGCCUCCCGCAUCAGGAACUACCUGAGAAGUUUUCUCGCGUUCCUCUUCAGUAAUAUCGGCUUGAUUGUGCUUGUCGUCGGAUAUACUGUGGCUGGGGCAUUCAUGUUCCAAGCGAUUGAAGGUGCGAGCGAGAUAGAGAGAGUCAACAAUAUGACGUUAGAAAGGAACAACACAGCUCAGUACCUCUGGCAGAACGUCACGUUAGCUCUUAAUCUUUUCAAUGAGACUGCUUUAAAGUACAGGUUGAACAUAGAGCUAAGCAAAUAUCAGAGCAAAAUAGUCACCGCGGUCCGAAAUGGUUGGGACGGCGGCCGAUCUUCGCGUCAAUGGAGUUUCUCCUCUGCAUUUCUUUAUUCUCUUACUGUUAUAACCAGUAUAGGUUAUGGUCACUUAAGUCCUCGUACCAGUUGGGGUAAGGUGAUGACUAUAUUCUACGCAUUGCUUGGAAUGCCGCUUUUUCUUCUAUAUGUCACUAAUGUUGGUCAAUUGUUGGCACGUUGGUUCAAAUGUUUGUACGCAUUGGUGUGUUUGUGUCGGGGAUGUCCAGGGUUUGCGAGAAGACGGGUUGUUCGGAUUCGUACUCAGCUGGAGACCAGCGAAGCAGAGAGUAUAGAAUGUCCAGAGGGUUGGAGACAUCGGGUAUCAGAGUCCGACGUUACACCAGACUAUCGGAUACCACCGUAUCCCAUUUAUCAAAGGAGAUUAGAUAUGCGGAGAAUGCCACAUCAGUUAGAGCCGCGCUACACACACGACCGUGGUUGGUCGGAGCCCGCGUACAGACUGGAGAGUGAGGCGAGCGACUUCAGCUACGUCACCUUUGACGCUCAGACUAUCACGGUGCCGAUUAGUGUGUGCGUUGCUGUUAUGGUUGGAUACAUAAUGUUUGGAUCGAUGAUUUUCGGUAUAUGGGAGAAAUGGGACCAAUUGGAUGGAGCUUAUUUUUGUUUUAUAUCUUUAAGCAGUAUUGGUUUCGGUGACUUCGUCCCUGGCGAGAGGGUCUACACCCCGCGUAUUGAGACCUCCUUCAUCGUGUGCUCGCUCUACCUCAUGCUGGGGAUAGCUCUCGGGGCUAUGUGCUUCAAUCUGAUGCAGGAGCAAGUGAUACAUUACUUCGCGGGCCUGAAGAGAGCGCUCAAACGAAUUUGUCGCUGUAAGAGGUGACAACUCAUUAGUUCUGUUAUCCCUCUAUGAUGUUGCAGCCAAAGUUGGAAUCCAUUUGUUGUGUGAAAUAACUAGUAUUGUUUAACGUGAAACAAGUCAUCUAUUAUUAUUGCACUUUUAUAUAAUGACUGAUUUCGUAAUGAACUGCAUGAACUGCAACAUUUUGUAA